CCCCCCCUUGCCUGCAGGAAGCCUGGGCACCGACACGGAGGAGCGGCUGGUUGAGCACCUCCUGGACCCAUCCCGCUACAACAAGCUGAUCCGCCCGGCCACCAACGGCUCGGAGCUGGUGACCGUGCAGCUCAUGGUGUCGCUGGCCCAGCUCAUCAGUGUGCACGAGCGGGAGCAGAUCAUGACGACCAACGUGUGGCUGACACAGGAGUGGGAGGAUUACCGCCUCACCUGGAAGCCAGGGGACUUUGAUAACAUGCGGAAGGUGCGCCUGCCCUCCAAGCACAUCUGGCUGCCGGACGUCGUCCUCUAUAACAAUGCCGACGGGAUGUACGAGGUCUCCUUCUACUCCAACGCGGUGGUCUCCUACGAUGGCAGCAUCUUCUGGCUGCCCCCAGCCAUCUACAAGAGCGCCUGCAAGAUCGAGGUCAAGCACUUCCCCUUCGACCAGCAGAACUGCACCAUGAAGUUCCGCUCGUGGACCUACGACCGGACGGAGAUCGACCUGGUGUUGAAGAGCGACGUGGCCAGCCUGGACGACUUCACGCCCAGCGGCGAGUGGGACAUCAUCGCCCUGCCGGGGCGGCGGAACGAGAACCCCGACGACUCCACCUACGUGGACAUCACCUACGACUUCAUCAUCCGCCGCAAGCCGCUCUUCUACACCAUCAACCUCAUCAUCCCCUGCAUCCUCAUCACCUCACUGGCCAUCCUGGUCUUCUACCUGCCCUCCGACUGCGGUGAGAAGAUGACGCUCUGCAUCUCCGUGCUGCUGGCCCUCACCGUCUUCCUGCUGCUCAUCUCCAAGAUCGUGCCGCCCACCUCGCUGGACGUGCCGCUGGUGGGCAAGUACCUGAUGUUCACCAUGGUGCUGGUGACCUUCUCCAUCGUCACCAGCGUGUGUGUGCUCAACGUGCACCACCGCUCGCCCACCACCCACACCAUGCCGCCCUGGGUCAAGGUGGUCUUCCUGGACAAGCUGCCCACCGUCCUCUUCAUGAAGCAGCCGCGCCAGAACUGUGCCCGCCAGCGGCUGCGUCAGCACCGGAAGAACCAGGAGCGGGCUAGCAGCAGCUUCUACCUGCGGGAGAGCGCCCGCUCCUGCACCUGCUUUGCCAACCAGGCCACCGUCCAGAAGUUCAGCGCGGGGGGCGGCCGGCAGUUCACCGAGGCAGCUGACAGUGCCAAUGGCUACCGGGAGCGGCAGGGGCAGGCCCCGGCGCCCAGCCAGCAGUGCUGCUGUGGGGUGGAGGAGGCGGUGGAUGGGGUGCGCUUCAUCGCAGACCACAUGAGGAGCGAGGACGACGACCAGAGCGUGAGCGAGGACUGGAAAUACGUGGCCAUGGUGAUCGACCGCCUCUUCCUGUGGAUCUUCAUCUUCGUCUGUGUCUUCGGGACCAUCGGCAUGUUCCUCCAGCCGCUCUUCCAGAACUACGCCACCACCUCCCUGCUGCAGCUCAACCACGGCCCGCCCAGCUCCAAAUAGGGCUGGGGGACGGCCGGCAGCCCUGCCCCGUGCGCGCGGAGCCAUCAUCCCACCACAAAGACAGUGGCCUGGCGCACGUGACUGGAGCACGCAGGCCUGGGGGAGUCCGGGGGGGGGGGUCGUCAGGGCCUUGCUGCUGUUUUCAGUCCUGGCUCCCGCUGCUGGGGGGGGAGGGGGGAGCUCCACGUCCGCCCCAUUGAGAGCAAAGCCCCAGGAGCUGACGGAGGAGACAGGCCGGGAGCCGGGCGCAGCUCGAGGUGUCCCGGCCCUUCCUGGGAGGGACAGGACUGCUCCAGCAACUGCGCUUGGGGGUCAAGGAGGGCUUCCCUCCCCCCAGAGAUAGAUUAGCGAGGCCAAAUGGUCCCCACAGUAGCGCGGGGUGAGCAAAGCGGGGCCAGGUCGCAUGCGGCCAGGGGCAGGGCUGGCUGGGGGUGAACACGCCCCAGACACGUCCUCUGGACUGAGCCCGGAGCCCGUUGCUGCAUUCAGCCAACUGUGUCCCUGGAAGCUCGGGGGGGUGGGGGCGCUGCCCGGGGCAGCCUCAGACAUCCGCUGUUGCUUCCAAUGUCACCGCAGCCCAAUAAAUAAUCACACGGACUCGGGGGGAGGGGGAAUUUGUUUAAAACUUGGUUUAAUUUGACCCCCUUUUUAUUUCUAAGCCACCCUCAUCAUGGGGCGCCCUGGAGCAGGGGAGAGGCAGGGCCGAGAGGGCACAAGGGCUGCAGUUCUCCAGGUGGGCUGGGAACUUUAACACGGGGGAAGAGCAGCGUCCCUGUCUCGUUGCGAUUUACACGCUGUUAACGCCGAGCCAGAGCGCACGUGGGGCCACUGCACCUGGCCAUGCCCCGGCGAGGGCUCUUGUGCCACCGCAGAUCACGAUCGGGCUGCACCAGGCUGCUGCGUCAGUGCCAAUGCCGGUGGAAGAUGUCAGUGAAACACGGGUGCGAACGUGCAGCAAAGCUGGAUUUCACCAGUGUCAUAGAGGGCGUUAAAGUGCGACCUGCUGCGAAGCGGCGCACGGGGCAAAGGGGAGCCAGGUUCAGCCGAUGCCACUGGACUUCCGUGGAGCGAGAGUGAUUAUUACAGCCACGAGCCAGCUCGAUCGAGAUCCUUGCAGACACACCCAGGAGUCGCCCGUGGCCCCAGUUUCCCUCUGCAAGACUCCGAGGGUGGCUCGUCAGAUCUCAGUAUUACUAUCAGUCCGUGGGUGAAAGCUCCCACUGCCUGUUCCUUCUGCCGGAGCCCUAGGGCCGUCCCCUCCCGGGUUCCAGCUCUGCGGGGGGCGAGAGGCAGCAGAUACAGCCGCAGCUCGAUUAGGAACCGUGUCCAGGCCCCUGGCUGGUGCCCUGGAGCGGAUGUGGGGUGGAGGGAGAUGGACAGUGCAUGUGCAGAAUGGAAACCCAAGGCCAGUGGCGCC